GCAAAUAUACAGGGAUACUCUAUCGAGGGCAAAUGAGAGCUCAUCGGCUAGUAUAGUAUACAUCUUGACUCGAUAUAUUUUUUUAUAGUGAUAUAUUUUUCCUUCCUUGAUGCAGAAAAUAUAUUUUGUUUAUCAUAUAUCCACGUAGCUCUCUCGCCCCACACCCUCACCCUAUUCUACUACGGUACACCCUCCCUCUUCCACUGCACAUAGAUGUAAUGUUGGUAUCAGCGUUUUUUCCAAUAACCGAUGUCUGUGUGCAUCCCGCCUCCCUGCGCUCUCAAUUAGAUGGUGCAAGUCAAAAUGUCCAAAUCGUCCGCAGACCCACUGCCUGGUGUCGAAACAGGCUCACAGUCUCACAAUUUUCAGCUGCCCAGGAAGUUGCCUAAGAGGAAAAGUCGGUUCAAACGUUCGGAUGGCAGCACGUCCUCAGACACCACCUCCAGCUUCAUCAAAAGACAGGGGUCGGCUGAUUCGUACACCAGUAGACCGUCGGACUCCGACCUGUCAGCGGAGGAGGACCGCGAGGCGUAUCGGCGUGAAGCCGAGCGCCAGGCCCAGCUCCAGCUCGACAGAGCUAAGUCUAAACCUGUAGCGUUUGCGGUGAAGACCAACGUGGCUUUCUGUGGGGCUCUGGAUGAGGACUGUCCCGUUCAAGGAGCUGCAAUCAACUUCGAAGCCAAAGACUUCCUGCACAUUAAGGAGAAGUACAACAAUGAUUGGUGGAUUGGUCGUCUGGUGAAGGAGGGGGCAGACAUCACCUUCAUCCCCAGCCCUUUACGCCUGGAGGCUAUGAGACUCAAACACGAGCAAAGGAAAAGAGGGGGGAACUCUUCCUCCAGUCUGGGUGACAUGGUGUCUGGGAGCUGGAGGACAACACCGCCAUCUGGUGACAAACCGAAGCAAAAGCAGGAACACAUUCCUCCGUAUGACGUGGUCCCGUCGAUGCGGCCGGUGGUCUUAGUGGGGCCGUCCCUGAAGGGGUAUGAGGUGACAGAUAUGAUGCAGAAAGCUCUGUUUGACUUCCUGAAACACAGGUUUGACGGAAGAAUCUCCAUCACACGCGUUACGGCAGACCUAUCUCUGGCCAAGAGAUCUGUGCUCAACAAGAGGCCAAUCAUGGAGAGAUCCAAUACUCGCUCCAGCCUGGCCGAGGUCCAGAGUGAGAUAGAGAGGAUAUUUGAGCUAGCCAAAACCCUCCAGCUGGUGGUUCUGGAUGCAGACACCAUCAACCACCCGGCCCAGCUAGCCAAGACUUCCUUGGCCCCUAUCAUUGUAUACGUCAAAGUGUCCUCGCCAAAGGUGCUCCAGAGGCUAAUCAAGUCCCGGGGGAAGUCUCAGAGCAAACACCUGAACGUGCAGAUGAUGGCCGGAGACAAACUGUCUCAAUGCCCCCCUGAGAUGUUUGAUGUCAUUUUGGAUGAGAACCAAUUGGAGGAUGCGUGUGAGCACUUGGCUGAAUACCUAGAGGUGUACUGGCGCGCCACUCAUCUUCCCGACACCACCCCCAUCAACCCGCUAUUAGAGCAGAACCUCAUGACCCCGCCCUCAGCCAACUCUAGCCUACAGACCCAGAAUAAGAACCAGCCCCCAGUGCAGCACAGCAGUGUGGGGGUGGAGGGUGAGGAGGUGGAGGCCCACUCCCCUCUGGAGCAGGACAGCCUGAUGCCGUCUGAAGAAGGCAGCGACUCCCUGUCCCGCGGCCUCCUUGGGGGCCCACGCCUCCGGGGGGACGAGGAGGACGAGGAGCUGGUGGAGGAAUUAGAAGAGGAACUAGAUGAGGAGGAUGAGUUUGAGUCCCCUUGCCACGCCCAAACUUACAGGGACAGGUACCCCCCUCACCGCGGUCACCGCGGGGGCGUCCACAGCACCAACGGGCAUGAAUCACAGGACAGGCUGCUCCAGCGCGAUGCCCAGCAGGGGCACAACCAGCGCAACAACUGCCAACGCAGCCGCCCCUGGCCCCGAGACAACUACUGACAUUUCUAACGUACCCUGGCCCCAAGACAACUACUGACAUCUCUAGCAUACCACUGGCCCCGAGACAACUACUGACAUUUCUAACGUACCCUGGCCCCAAGACAACUACUGACAUCUCUAGCAUACCACUGGCCCCGAGACAACUACUGACAUCUCUAACGUACCCCUGGCCCCAAGACAACUACUGACAUCUCUAGCAUACCACUGGCCCCGAGACAACUACUGACAUUUCUAACGUACCCUGGCCCCAAGACAACUACUGACAUCUCUAACGUACCCCUGGCCCCAAGACAACUACUGACAUUUCUAACGUACCCUGGCCCCAAGACAACUACUGACAUCUCUAGCAUACCACUGGCCCCAAGACAACUACUGACAUUUCUAACGUACCCUGGCCCCAAGACAACUACUGACAUCUCUAACGUACCCCUGGCCCCAAGACAACUACUGACAUCUCUAACGUACCCUGGCCCCAAGACAACUACUGACAUCUCUAACGUACCCCUGGCCCCAAGACAACUACUGACAUCUCUAGCGUACCCCUGGCCCCAAGACAACUACUGACAUCUCUAACGUACCACUGGCCCCAAGACAACUACUGACAUCUCUAACGUACCCCUGGCCCCAAGACAACUACUGACAUCUCUAACGUACCACUGGCCCCAAGACAACUACUGACAUCUCUAACGUACCCCUGGCCCCAGGACAACUAGCUAUACCCAAACUACAACUUUGGCCACAAGACACCCACUUGUACACAAUAAGUGUGCUCCUUGUCCCCAACCACUCACCCUAACUAUGGAAACAAUGUAGUACCAAUUGUCCCCAAAACAAUUACUGACUGCUGUGCACAUUACCACCUUCUACAAUCACACACUUCCAGGCUUACGGUUUUACUCAUUCUGAUUAGCUGGGGUCAUGUUAAUCAGAUAAAAGGCUAUACGUCAACAGGGCUACUCACCUCCACAAUAGCAAGCUAUAACUACUGGCUGUAGGUCAAGUCAAAUGUUAAGAUUCUUUGCAUAAGGUUUCUCUAUUUUAGAAUGACACAUUUACUGGCCUUAAAUCCCUAAGACGUUUAUGUACAGUGCCUUGCGAAAGUAUUCGGCCCCCUUGAACUUUGCGACCUUUUGCCACAUUUCAGGCUUCAAAC